CAAUCACUUUUUAGUUUUUAGUUGAAAUAUAAAAAAUGAAAAUCAGUAAAACACAGAAUUUAAAUUUUAAAAAGCUAACAUAUUUAUUUUAAUGAUUAAAAUUUAAAAUAACGAUAGUAUAAUAUCAAAUAUUCAACAUCUAUUUAAUCAAUGAAAAUAGUACUUGGAACUUAGGUUACGUCAUAAUAACUACCAAGUCAUAAAACCUCAACAACAUAAAAUAUAUCUACAAUUUUUCAAAAACUUAAAAGUGGACGUUCAAAUAAAAUUAAUAUAAUGUCACUUGUGGCAUACGGAGACAGUGAUUGCGAUUCGGAUGAAGAUAAUGGUGAAGUAAUAGUGCCAUCACCCAAUGUUGUAAAAGUAGCAACAAAACCGAUUGUUAGUAAACCAUUUUUAACGCUGCCUGAACCCAAAUCUAUUGAAAACACAAAAAUAAUAGAUGAUUAUGAUUCAGUUGACAAAGAAAAACCGGCGGUACAAGCAAAACUUCCAACUGUCAAUAGCAUUCAAGAGAAAAAAGAAAUCCCUUUAUUCCCCACAUUACCUAAACCAAAAACUGGAGGAAAAGUCAAAAUAAUAAUUCCUUCAUUAAAUGAAUUUUACGAUGAAGAUGACGACUAUCAACCAAAAUGUAAAAUUAUCAAACCUUCAAAUAGCGGAUGCGGCUUAUUCUCCAUGUUGCCUGAUCCUAAAAAUAAGAAAACGAGCAAAGCUUCAACAACUAUAUCAAUGGUUCCCAGAGCGACAAUGCGGAAUGUUAAAAAUGUCAAAGAAAACCCUCAACUCAAAACAUUAGAAAUUAAGUGUUUUGAUACUAAACCAAUUGAAGUUGAAGAUGAAGCCGAUGAUGAUGAUCAAGAAGAUGGCGAUUUCUUAGGAUUGAACAAAAUAAAUGAAGUACUUGAUGUAGAGCCUAUUGCUGGGUUUGAUUUACCUGAAAUACAAACUAAUACAACUAAAAUUGAAGAGGACAGAGUUUAUGGACCAGUGUAUUGUUCUGAACCCAACAAAUCUGACCUUUAUGAGGAGGAUGAAACAAAACUAAUUCUCGACUCAAAUGCUUUGAAACAACUUAGUGAUCCUAGCAAGACUCAAAUAAAACAAGUUGAUGUAAUAAAUGUGGAUAUGCGUCAAGUGAUGGAAGAGUCUCAACAGUGGUUACAGAAGAACAUAACAGAGGAAUAUGCUGAAAGUAAAAAUAUCAGUAGUGAUAUUAAUAUAAGUGGACAAUCAAAACGCAAACACCAGAUAACAUAUUUAGCUCAACAGGCUAAAGCCAAUGAGUUGAAACUUAAAAACAUGUGGGCUGAGAAUAGAAUGACCAGGAAACAAACACAAGCUAAAUAUGGAUUUUAAUUGCUUAAAGAAGCAAAUUGCCGAGACAAACGCCGCCGUCAUGAUCGCCAGAGGACCGGCACCCGGUAAGUCGAUCAUUUUUGACCCGAACGUGAGCAAUACUCCUCCAGCCGUUAUUAUGUACGUCCGUUUCAGGGUCAGACUUGUCUGUAAACAAAACAUUGUAUAGUACUUAUACGAAUCGUAUACGCUAAUUUUAUAUUUUAUAAUGUAUAAUUCAAAUAAAAAUAAAUGUAUAUUAUUGUCACGUUAAAAAUGGUCUGUAUUAUUGAUUCAAGCCCGGAUUCAGAAGAGACAGGGCAACUUAAAAUUAUACAAAGUAAUCGUCCAUAAUUUUUUUUUUGUUAAGAAUCAUUAAAAAUUCGUACAAUUGAAAAUAAUUGUAAUGACAACUAAAAACUAAAUAAAUUAAAAUUAAUAAAAAAACAACUGAAUUUUAUAAAAAAUAAUUUUUCAGUUUUCUAUGAAUAAACUAUUUCGAAAUCGAAAUCUAUCAACAAAUAAAAUAUGAAAAUUUUUUUUUACAAUAUCCACUAGCAUAUCUCGCAUAUAGUAGCGCAUCCCUAACGAGAUAAGGUUUACCCUUGCAACACUUAAUUUUCUGCAAGUGUUGGGGACACCUGUUGACUCAAAUCCGGACUUGUGUGUUGUUAUUAUGUAGGUAUGUAUAUGGUAAGUCUGUAAUAUACGUACUUCGCAUUUGUGCGGGAUGAAACCGGUGAUUAUACCCCAAAUGAUGCCUACACAGACUCCGAUAGCUACUUCGAUGGGUCCUCGCAUGGCAUUCGUCUGCCAACUACCUGAAUGGAAAGGAAAAACCAAACAAACACCAAAUUAACAACGAUUGUCCAGCGAGCCUGCACUACGCAGUAAUAAUGCUCGCAUGUAUAUACGUCAUACCCUCAGAAAAUAUGAUACUGAGAAACACUCCGAAUGCGGAAAUGCAAAAUAUGUCGUCGAAACUGCAUGCGGCCAUCACCAGUGUUAUGAUCCCUUUAUCCUCGCCUAGGCCCUUUUGUUUGAAGUCCAACAGUGCUGGAA